AUGGUACUUGUCCAAGCUUCAAAACUCCCUCUUCCUUCUUCUCCUUCCUUAACAACUUCAAUUCUCUUUGACCCAUUUUCCCUAUCCUUAGCCCUUAUGCAUUCUGAUUCUUCCAUCUCCCUUUACCCUUCAAUUUCUCCUACUCCCUCUUCCCUCCCAUCCAAACCCCAAACCCUAAUUCCUCCCCCUUCCUCUUCUUCCUCCUUCCUCCUCCUUCGCGACAAUCAAAGCUCUGAACCUACUGUCCUGUUCGUUGUUGCUGCUCCUUAUAUGGGUGGUGCAAAGAUCCUUCUCAAGUUCUAUGUUCUGAACAAGAAGAAGAAUGUCUUUACUAAAGCUCAAGCCUCUUGCAGUCAGAAGGGUAUUGGGUUCGAUCCCAAAUUGGGCGUUCUGCUCGAUGUGGAUCAUGGGGUUUCGAUAAAGAUUGUUGGGUCGGUCAAUUUCUUCAGUUUAUACUCGGUUUCCAGCAGGAAAGUUUGGGUCUUCGCGGUGAAGUUGAUUGGGGAGGAUGGUGGCAGCGACAGUGACGCUGUGAAAGUGAAGCUGAUGAGGUGUGCGUUAAUCGAGUGUCGGGUGCCGGUUUUCUCUAUUAGUGUCUCGUUUGGGUUCCUGAUCUUGGGGGAGGAUGGCGGGGUUAGGGUUUUAAAUUUGAAGCAGCUGGUGAAAGGGAAAGUCAACAAGGCUAGGAGUUCAAGUUCAGAUGGAAUGGCGGACUUGAAUGGGAAAGUUGACGUUCAAGUAUCGAAGUUGCCUAAUGGUGUGAUCGGAGGACUGAAGCUUGGUGGUUUGAACUAUGGCGUUGCAAGCAAUGGCAUCUUAAAUGUGAAGAUGGAAAAGCAAAAUGUUUCAGUGAAGCAGAGAUCUGUGAGAAGGGGAAAAGAUUCCGGGGAAGCAGGUUCAUGCUUCGUGCCAUUUAAGAGUAAGGAUGUUGUGGGCUUGGGAUCCAGCACUGGGAAGGCUGUUUCUAUCCAGGCAUUGUCCCCCAAAAAAUUUAUGGUCUUGAACUCCACGGGAGAUUUACAUAUCUUGUCUCUGUCUAUUCCUGGUGGUGGGUGGAACAUUGUCCCUGACAUAAGGAAGAUGCCUUACAGCAUGAAGGUGCAAAAGCUUGCCAUUCUCCCUGAUAUUUCCUCGAGGGCACAAACUGUUUGGGUAUCUGAUGGAUUGCAUUCUGUACACAUGAUGAGUGUGUCUGACUUGGAUGAUGCUGCUAAUAAAGUUGGCGGAGAUGCAAAUCCAGAAAUGUCCGUGCACUUCUCAGUUCUUCAAGUGAUCUUUGCUGCUGAAAAGAUACAAGAUCUUAAACCUUCUGCUGCUAAUGGUGUUAUGAUUCUUGGACAUGCUGGAAAUGCAUAUACAUAUGCGAUUCCUUGA